GCUCCGGCCUGAUCCCGUCAGGCAACCAAGCUUGGCGAGCGCUUCCAUCCCGACCACUGACCUCUCCCCCGGCUACAUACGUCUCCCAGCCGCUCCUCGCAACAGUCCCACUCCCCAUCCUCUUGCGCGGCCUCUCACGUCCCCCUUCCAAACCCUGCUCGAACGGUCAAAACCUUGGCCUGCGCUCAUCGGUGCUCAUCGAUCUGACGUCCUCGCCCUCCCUCCCCCAACGCACAUGAACGGCCCAGAGCGUCGGCACAUCAGACGACCAUCAAUCCCGCCAGCCGUCUCCCUCGGAAGCCUCUUUGCGCACCAAGGAACUGCAGUUUAUUUCGACGCGCGAAGGCCUUCGACGCUCCCUCCGCACGCGCUUUCCCCGCCUUUCUGUCUCCCCGGCAUGCGCUGGAACUGCUUGCCGGUGAACGUUUUACGUGUUCUUCAGGACGGUCCUGGGGGAUUUUCUCAAGCAUCGUCAUACUUGCAGCCUCUAUUUGAUUGCUGUCGCCUCUUCUUCCCUCGUCAUCGAGGCCGGCAAUAUCGUCGUCGUCAUAUUUGGCAAUACCGCCCGUCCUUGGUCAAUUCAAUGUCGCUCUUUGCCGAACGCAAUAGAGUCCGAAGCUGCUCCCUCGGUACCUCAACCCCUUCAAGUCGCCGUAUCAGCCACUUCGACCGAUACGCUCGCAAUUGUCCUUCCCAGCCACUGUUUUGUCCUCAUGCCGCGGCAAGCAGAAAGCGUCCUAUCUAGCCUCGCGUCCCCGUCCUUUGACAGAAGAGCUUCUGUCAGGUACUCUGGCAAGGGGCCUCGUUUGCUGUGGCUGGCUUCUCGUCUUGAAUCGUCAAUAUGAACUUCAGUUGUUAGAAGCUCGCAUGGUCAUAUGUCAUUCACGUGAUGCGAUGUUGAUUUUCGAG